AUGGUUUUCCCGAAGGAUAACAUCCUAAAGAAAAAGCCUACCAUCAGGAUUGGGGGCAGUAGGAUUAAGUGCGAGGACAAGCUUCAGUACUUGGGGCUCACUUUGGACCCCAAGCUUACCUGGACCGAUCAUAUUCACCAGGUGUACAAUAAAGCCAUCAAGGCUAAUAAUUCCCUUCGCAGCAUCGCUCGGAACACCUGGGGGUUAAACCCCAGGAACUGUACCGUUAUAUAUAAAGCAGUGGUCGAACCCAUUCUCACGUAUGGAGCCGAGGAAUGGGGAUACAUCACCCUCAAAGUGCACCAUAGGCGGAAACUUCUCUCUGCCCAAAGGGCUGCCCUGAUUGCUAUUACAAAGGCGUAUCGGACCACCUCCGCCGAUGCCUUACUGGCCAUUGCAGGGCUCCUGCCGGUCCACCUUGUGGCCCUAGGAAAGUUUAUCAAGAAGUCUCUCCUGCUACUGGAAAGGGGCGGGACCAUGCCCACCCAGGUGCAGAACAUCUUCACAAAAUUGAAGUUUCCUGACUCUAUCGAACACAUCAUGGAGGAGAUUAUCACGAACGGGAUUGACUGGAACAAUAGUCCUAAGGACCCCCACCCUGCCUGCUGCAUUAAGAGCAACUUUUAUAUCGAGCCCGUCACCCCGAAACACGGGAUUAACUUUUAUACCGACGGCUCAAAGACCAACACUGAGGUGGGGGCUUCGAUGGUCCUGGCGAACCCCCAAAGGGUGCUGCACUGGCAGGCGGCUUAUAGCUUAAAGCCUCAUUGCUCCAUUGCGCAGGCGGAGUCGUACGCGAUCCUCCGCGCCCUUCGGUUUAUCAAGGAUAAUAUGGACAAGUUUAAGAAGGUGGCCAUCAACAUUAUUAGUGACAGUCGAACUGCCCUACAUCAACUUAGGAAAGAAAACAGAAAAUUGCCCAUCGUGGAAGAAAGCCUGCAACUAAUCAGUGACAUUAACAGGUGCUCGGCCCUGAAUUUCUUCUGGGUUCGGGGGCACUCAGGGGUGCCGGGGAAUGACCGGGCCGACCUGGUCGCCAGGAAGGCUAACCGGAUUGCCAGCAGCCACAGUUAUGCGGCAAUUCCCGUCUCUCACGUCUGGUCGGCCAUCCACAAGGCCCUCAUCAGGCUUUGGCAGAAGGAAUGGGACACCAGCAAAACUGGGAGAGUGACCCAUAACUUCAUCCCCAACAUCGGGAACAGGAUAAAGAACCGGCAUUUUUCCACGGAUCACUCCCUCACCCAGCUGCUGUCGGCCCAUGGGAACUUUGGCUCUUACCUGCGGAGGUUCCUGGGUAAGGGCGACGGGCUCUGUGGCUGUGGGAUGGGGGAGGAUGAUGUUCCUUUCCAUCUUAUCUUCGUCUGCAGUGACCUAGCAGCCCACAGGAAACCUCUCAGGGACACGGCCCUCACCGAGGGUCUCUACUGGCCCUGCCAUCUUCAGGACUUUAUCGAGAAUAAAAGACUCUUUGCUGACUUUAAGAACUUUGCGGGGAGUAUCCCCCAGCUGCAAGGGUUGUGGACAACCCGCCAAUUUUCCAGCGGGCAAACAUCCUCAACAGUAACCGACUCUCGGCACUACGCUCUUUUUCUACCAGCGCCAGCGGCCUGUUCGGCAUGUUCAUCAACUAUGUACGCUCUGUCAUCUUUUGUAUCUCUGUUUUAUUUUAAAUAA